GCGGCUCCCAACCUCGCGGCGGGCAGCCGCGGAGUGGCUCCCCGCCCAGAGAGCGGCCUCUCCGCCCGGAGCCUGACUGCGACGCUGGGGCCCAGGUGGGCCCGCUGACAGGUGGCUCGCUGUGGCCCGUUGGUCAGAGUUCUGACGUUUGCUCUGACCGCUUGGUUGAGGUGGCAUCUGCCAGGAUCUUCACUGGGACGUCGCUUUUGCUGGUUUCCGCCUCCCGGGAUGGAGGAAGCCGCCGGCCUGGUCCCUGAGGAGACACUUGUGGACGAAGCCCCCCCCGUGGACGAUGAAAGAGAUGAACUGGAGGAUCCAGAGUUGGUGGUUGAGUCUCUCCGCGAGGAGGCGGAGACCAGGCCGGGCCCGGGAAGCACCUGUCCAGGGCGGGAGCAGAACGCUGAGAAGAGGAAGCAGAAACCAGCCACCCAAGACAGGAUUCAGGCGUCAAGGCUGCGCAAGAACCUGCACCUCCUGGACAAGCUGCACGAGGAGAAAGACCUUUUCAUUCAAAAAACUCGGGAGGAGCUGCGAGCUUGCCGCCGGAGGAUGGACCUCCUCGCCGAGCAGCGGAAGAUCGUGGCCGCCGAGCUGGCCACCGAGAGGGAGGCCGGCAAUGUGGCAGCCGUGGGUCGCCUGGAGGCAGCGUCCCGACGCCUGUGCCUGGAGCUGGAGAGGGAGAGGGACCUGCUGCCGAAGAUCUCGGCUGUGCUGCGGGAGAACGAGAGCACCAUGUGGCACCUCGAGACCCAGGAGAGACAGCUGCAGGACGUUUGGAAGUCAGUGCGAGAGGAGGCCGCGGCCACUGGGAGGUGCCUCCGGGAGCGGACGGCCAAGCAGCUGCGCCAGGAGACAGAGGCCGCGGGGAAGGCAGAGAGGAACCAGCUGCUGCGGAUCCGCAGGAAAUCCAUGCACCUGCAGAGGGAGCUCGGGCUGAGGCACCAGAAGCUGGUGGCGGACGCCCAGCAGAACCACCGCGUGGCCAUGAAGUUCCUCAAGGCCUCCCUGGGAAGGGUCCAUGAGCGAGAGAGAAAGGCGGAGCUGGCGUCCCGCGAGCACGUGCAGAGGCGCAUGGACGCGGUGCUGGCCUUGAAGAACAGCAUCGCCGCCAGCCGGGAAACCCUCCGCCAGUUUCACGCCUGGGGCCGGGCCAAGGCGGAACUGGCUGAACAGAAGGCCCAGGCCGAGAGGGAGGCCAUUCUGGCCCAUGGCGGGGACGCUUUCAAGCACCUUUGCCAUCAGCGCCGGCGCCAGGAGCUGGAGGCGCAGAACCGUGCCUUCGAGCAGGAGCAGAAGCUCAGAAAGCAGGAGAUCGUGAGCCGGAUCUUGAAAGAGGAGGCUGGGGAGCACGCAAGAAAGAAGCAGGCGCCCCCCAAAACCACAGGCCGGCCAAGCCUGCGGGACAAGACCUGGAGCCACCUGGCUGAGGUCUGCGACGGAAAGAGCACCGCGCCCCCCUCCUGCCCACCGCUGGAGGACAGUCUUCCGUCCCCGCGAGCCACUGUGCUGGCGCCGGCCAUCUCCAGCGAGUCCGUGCAGGUGGACCCCAGCAGCCCGGGCUGGCAGGAAGAGCCGCUGGUGAGGCCGGAGAUCCCGGGGCUCUGGAGCCAAGAGGCCUCGCCACACCAGGUGCCCCAGGCGGACGCGGGCCGGAAGCCUGUGGGCGGGACGAAGACGGACCAGGACCUGCUGGCGCGCACGAUCCGGUGCCUGCGCAGCGGGGCGCCCCGCAGGCAGGUGGCGUCCAGGCGCAAGUUCAGAGGGAGGCCCUUCAACAGCAAGCCCCAGCUCAUCCACUUCAAGGACUUUGACGUGGGCAGAGAGUACGAGAAGAAAGUCAUCUUGACCAAUGCCACCUACACCAUCAACUACUGCAGGCUGGCGGGCGUGGAGGAGAGCCUGCGGGACUCCGUCCGCGUCGACUUCGAUCCACCUGGUCCCAUGUCUGCCGGCAUGUCCUGCGAGGUGCUUGUCACCUUCAAGCCCGUGGUCAACAAAGAUCUGGAGGGAAACAUCUCAUUUCUGACUCAGACGGGCGGGUUCUCUGUGCCCCUGAAAUGCUCCACCAGGAAGUGCUCGCUGUCCCUUGACAAGCAGCUCAUCGACUUCGGCAGCUACGUGGUGGGCGAGACUGCGUCCCGGACCAUCACACUGACCAACACCGGGGGGUUGGGCACCAGGUUCAAGUUUCUUCUGGCCUCAGAGUCCUGCGAGAUGGACGCCUCCCAUUCGGUCCUGAAAAGAAGCAGUCUCUUCACUUGCGAAGAGAAAAGUUUUUGUGAUAAAGUUGCCACCAGUGUUUCUGAGCAGCGGAUGGAAGGCAAUGAGUCCUCCCUGCCCGAGGCGCCGAGCCAGAGGGAGUCCCAGGGGCUGGAUGCCCGGGAGCAGGUGGAGGGCCGGCCCCCAGAAUCGGAGACCGUGACCACACCUCCCAGCAAGGAACAGACGGAGUUCUGUCUGGGAGAGAUGACAGAGGGGGAGAUCGCCCCCUUCGGCUCCAUCAGAGUGCCGGUCAUCUUCACCCCCCUGGUCCCGGGGACGGCCCACAGCAGGGUCAAGGUCGUGUUUCAGAAUCAGCAGUGCCCAACGUUGCAUUUCAGAGUCGUCGGCGUUGCCGUUGACGUGCCCGUCUGGGUGCCAAAGCCCGACGUGGACCUGAAGAUCUGCAUGUAUGACCGGCUGUACCAGGACUCCGUGCUCGUCCACACGCGGUCCAAAGUCGCCCUGCGCCUGAAGUUCGAGGUCUGCAAGGAGCUGAGGGGCCACGUGGAGCUCCUGCCCGAGACCGGCUACAUCCAGGCCAUGUCCUCCUUCUCGGUGCAGCUCAAGUUCCUGCCCAGACACUCCCUCCCAGAGGACGCAGGGAAGUACUUUGACAAGGAAAGCCGCGUUCUGGAGGCCCCGAUGACCAUACAGGUGGCCGACCAGAUCAGACCCGUGGGCUUUACCCUCCACGCCGUGGUCACCACCUCGGACCUGGAGCUCAGCCCCUCGGUGGUGGACUUUGGCUACUGCACCAUCUCGGAGGCCGUCAGGACCCACGUCGGCCUCUGCAACCACUCCCUCCUGCCCCAGGGGUUCGGGUUCGUCAGGCUCCCCAAGUGUGUGGACGUCCAGCCCAACGAUGGGUUUGGGACGAUCCUGCCGCUGGAAACCCUGCAGCUCGACGUGAUCUUCCAGCCCACCAAGGCCAAGGAGUACAGCUUCGAGCUCGUCUGCAAGUCCGAGAUCAACCGGUGCUUCAAGCUGACAUGCCGGGCCGUGGGUGUCCGCCCACCCCUGGAGCUGUCCCACCACCAGAUCAAGUUCGCCGCCACCUCCUUGUACGACACGUCUGUGGCCUCCCUGUAUGUCAUCAAUUCCCACGUGAGCCUGAACUCCCUGACCCACUCGGUGCCACGCAUCGGCUCAGAGGACGCCUCCCCGGUGGGGCCCACGUCUUUCGAGUUCCUGCUGCCCCCAGAUUUGCCCAUCACCAUCUCUCCCUUGGUGGGGACCGUGUGGCCAGGAAAGCAGUGCCUGCUCCAGGUGGCCUUCCGGCCCGUGCUGCCCAGUGAGCUGAUCCACCAGGAAGCCUUCCAGGCCCUGAUCAAAGAAGCCGAAAGCAAAUCCUCCGUACGCGGCGGGGAGCAGGGCCACGGGGCUGCCUGCUGCUUACACAAAGGCUUGGCAACAAACACCACCCGCCUCGAGACUCGGAGGCCAGGGUUCCGCAGGGACAUGGCCACCCAGAAGAAGGACCAGCGGAGGCAGUCUGUCUCCAUCCUGCAGCUGCAGAACCGAGAUCGGUCGUUCCGUUCCUCCUCCUCCCAGCCCCCCGAGCUGCAGAAGCAGGACCUCACAUCCAGCUCCCAGGAGUACCAGGCUGCGCAGGCCGCCCUGACCAGGUCUUUCCCAGGGAAGUUUGACAAGUUUGUGAUCCCCUGUGUUGUUGCCAGUGGUGACACCAAGGACAGGAAGGGGACAGAACCCCUGAGCUUCAGUCCCCAUAACACCCUGUACCUGGAGCUGUGGUGUCCGGCGGUGGCGCCAUCCAUCGUGGUGACGUCCGACAAAGGCAAGACCAUCUCCAACUUCGGUGACGUCGCUGUAGGACACCACGGCCUAAAGAAGGUCUCCAUCCAGAACAUCUGCCCCGAGGAUCUCCACCUGGAGUACUCCGUGCUGAACCCCAGUGGCCCCUUCGUCCUGCUAAACCCCAUCAGCAGGCUGCCCUCUGGCGAGACCCAGGUCCUGGAGCUGUCUUUCUCUCCCCGUGAGAGCUGCGUGGCCCAGGAAACCCUGGACAUCGUCACCAAGAGAGGCUCGCUGCACCUGACCCUCACGGGGACGGGCGUGGCGUCCACGGUCACGUGCUCCAUUGAAGGGGACGUGCUGCACAUGGGUUACGUGAUUGCCGGGGAAUCUGUCUCCUCAGGCUUCAAGCUGCAGAACAGCUCCUCGCUGCCCAUCAAGUUCUCAGUGCAGCUGGACAGUCUCUCCACCAGGACCAGGAACCAGCACCAGCUGCCGCAGUUCCUGGCUGCCCCGGCCCAGAGGACAGAGGUUGUGGGCACCCAGAACCUCAGUGGCCAGAGCGUGUUCAGCGUGGUCCCAGUCGAGGGCGUCAUGGACCCCGGCAGGGCCCAGGACUUCACCGUGACCUUCAGCCCGGACCACGAGAGCCUGUACUUCUCUGACCGGCUGCAGGUCGUGCUCUUCGAAAAGAAAAUCUCCCACCAGAUCAUCCUGAAGGGCGCGGCCCGCGAGCACAUGAUGUUCGUGGAGGGCGGAGACCCCGUGGACGUGCCUGUGGAGUCCCUGGCUGUGAUCCCUGCCUUCGACCCGGAGCGCAGAGAGGAAGCUGAGGAGCUGAAGCCCAUCCUGGUGACCCUGGCCUAUGUCCAGCAGGACACAGACACACCCGCCCCCCCUGCCACCCGAGAACUGCAGGUGGGCUGCAUCCGGACCACCCAGCUGUCCCCAAAGAAGACGGCGGAGUUCAGCCUGGACGGCGUCGCGUCCCUGCAGCACAAGGGCUUCACUAUCGAGCCCUCGAAGGGCUUCGUGGAGCGCGGCCAGACCAAGACCAUCAGCAUCUCCUGGGUGCCCCCCAUCGACUUUGACCCGGACCACCCACUUGUGGCGUCAGCACUGCUGCAGCUCAGGGGAGACGUGAAGGAGACGCGCAAGAUCCUCUUUCUCGCCCACGUGCUGACCGGUCCCUGAGGCCACAGGAGCCCCUCUACAAAGCCCCCCAAGUCCUCCUGCCCCCACCAAGCCUCCCCUGGCCUGUGGGCCCUAUGACCCCAUGGCCAGGGCACCCCAGCCCCACAAGUCUGGCCGCUUCUUGCUGCCCUGGGGCCAGGGGGCCAGGGGCCAAGAGCUCCCCCUUCCUGAGUGUGUAUUUGGAACAAGCAACGCGGCCAGUCCUGAGCACGACCUACCCCUCGCCUGAGCCCCUCGGCACCCCCGCCCCUCCCACACCCACCCAGCCUUUAGAGGCUGUGCUGGGGGCGAGGGAUCUGCCCCCACAGACCUGUCAAUAAAGCCUCUGAAUCCAG